GAAUUACUUAAUUAUGCUCUUACAAAGUGUUUUUAAGAAAAUAUCUUGAAUGUUGUAAAGGUUAAACCAAAAGCAUAAAAGAACUUGCUCACUUCAGGUUCUCAAAUGAUUGACCUUCCAUAAAGACAUAACUCUAAUUAUAUGUCUAAAAAGUCUCAUCCAUCAUGUGAUAUCCAUUUAGAAACAGAACUUGAAUAUUCUCCAACUAAAAUUCGAUAGAAAUCAAUAAAUGAUAUCUAAUUACCUCUUAUACAAUUAGAUGCUUAUCAUAGGAAUUUCUUUGAUAAUUCAAACAUUAACGAAUAUGAUUGUCCAACAAAUAAGAGAUAUGAUAGAUUUAGAUCAUUUUCUACUAAGGCAAAUAAGAAUUAAAAAAAGGGUUUCCUAUUACUUGAUAUUAAUACUCAACAAAUAUCAAUAAUUUAUAAAAAGUUACUAACUUAAUUAAAUGGUGAAUUUACUAAAUUCUAAGUAAAAUAUUAUUUAUUAUUUAUAAUAGUUGACGUUAUAUUUAACCUAAUAUAUUGGAUAAUUGGAUUAUGUUAAUAAAUUAUUAACAUUAUUAAAUUUUCCUUCCAAAAUUACUAUCUCUUCUUUUAAAUAAUUAUUUUAUAAUAUCUAAGAAAUGCAAUAAAUUGGUAUAAAUAAUGUAAUAUAGAGAUUCAAUCAUGUGUAUUUUAAACAUUCGAUCUUGAUUGUAAAGGAUUUAUUUCAUCUUCAGAUUUAUUUAAAAUGUUUACAUCAAAUGGAGCAAUUUAAAAAGAUGUGGACUUCAUUUAUAAAAAUUUACCAAUUGAAAAUCAUCGAGAAAAAAAACUUAAAAAAAUAUAUUUAUGCGAAUUUAAAGAGAAACCUAGACCUAUGCUUAUUACUAUGA